GAUUUACAACGCCUACUUACGUGUCAAAACAGUUCGCCAGAGACGUCUUCCUGCUUUCCGCGUGAACUGCUGCUCAGGAUGUUAAGAGCAGUGAUCAUGACGUUGUGCUUCUUCGCAAUGGCACAUAACAUUGCAAGGGCCACCCGCCAUCGUACGCCGAGGAAUGUUGAUGACCCCGAGAACGUCGUUGAUGACCCAGACCUGGCUGCGAAGUGCGAGACCGUUGCGAUGGACGACCGCAUCGAGUGUCCCGUUCCUGGCCACAACAUGGACGACACGCUGUGCAAUCAAGUGGGCUGUUGUGUAAACCGCAAUUUCGACCAUCAACCGGAAUUAUGCUUCUUUCCACCCGAUUAUAUGAGGUACAGAGUAAUAUCCAUCGACGAUGACAGAGAAACCAUCAACAUCACGCUAGAAGUCAAUAAUCCCAUGAAGCUGCUUUUAACUGAACACAGUGUUUCAGUAUCAGUCUCCUAUCACUCCAAGGAAGUGGCCAGGGUUUUGGUGGACCGUGUGCGACUCCCUGGUGACGAGUACACGUAUUUUCCACGGGUGCCCAUCCUCGCUAAGGGAGGUGUUUCCGUCGACGACAUCAUGUACGACGUGGUGCCCUUGACGAACGGAAUGCUCAAUAUCAACAGAAGAGACGAGGGCGGAGGUACAGAGAAGGGCGUGCCAAUUUUCAGUAGCAACUUCUCGUACAUGACAUUCGACCAGCAUUACAAGCAAUUGACGCUGUUUCUUGCGUCGAGAAGCGUCUACGGCUUGGGAACACGUCUGACUCCUUUGCAGCUGCCGAUACUUAGUGAUUUCUUUCUGUUCAACCGGGAACUGGGACCUGAGAGGGAUGGCAUGGGUCGAAGCACUCAUCCGAUGUACAUGUGCCUGGAACGUGGAGGGAAAGCGCAUGGUGUCUAUCUUCACAACAGCAAUGCAAUGGAGGUAAAGCUCAGGCCACAACCAUCGGUGACUUUCAAGGCGUAUGGAGGCAAAUUGGACUUUUAUGUCUUUAUGGGCCCUACACCUGCCGAUGUGGUGCGACAGUACCUGGAACUUGUGGGAAAGCCGACAAUGCCUCCGUACUGGGGCUUGGGCUACCACCAUUCCCGUCACGGAUACGAAUCACUCCAAGAUAUCAGGAACUUCAUGUUAAGGAGCUCCCGUGAUGCUCUACCCGUAGAGUCGGUAUGGGUCGGCCACGAAACCUACGCAGAUGACCACUUCAUCUUCACUCUGUCAGAGAGGUUUCGCGGACUUAAGCAGGUUGUGGGAGAAUUGCACAGCAAGAAUCAGUAUUGCGUCCUGAAUUUCCCACCGUUCGUGCGGAAACCUUCCGGUGAGUAUCACACUUAUGACCAGGGUCUCCAAAUGAAGGCGUUCGUCAGGAACUAUUCUGGUUUAUUUGACCCUCAUCAUUUGGCCACAUGCACUGUUCAGCGUGGCGUCGAUGCUGUGUACGUGGACUUCACAGCUGACGACGCGAUGUAUUAUUGGGGAGCCCAGCUGCGUCUUUUUCAUGAUGACCUAUACUUUGACGGCGCCUGGCUCACGCACACGAAUCCACGGUGCUACCACCGUGACGCCUCUCAGUGUGAUUCGGCGUCCGACCUCGAGCAUCCUUCAGCUAACCCUCCGGAGAGACUCAAUUUGCACACUCUGUGCAUGGAAGACCAAUUCUUCUUCUUGAAGCACUACGACAUGCAUAACCUUUACGGGUACUACGCAGCCAUGAUCACACACGAGGCUAUGGUGCACCAUUUUUACAAGCGGCCUUUCAUCAUGACCGGAACUACUUUCGCUGGCCAGGGCAAGUGGUCGGGCCAGUGGACGGGCGAAUCGAACUCAACUUGGGAAAGCAUGCGGGAAUCCAUACCAAUGAUCCUGACAUCAAACCUGCUGGGGAUGCCUUUCGUGGGUGCUGACAUAUGUGGUACAAAUGGGAACGCUACGCCGUCUCUGUGUGCUCGGUGGCACGCCCUGGGUGCCUUCUACCCGUUUGCCAGGAACCACAACGGCAAGGGCUUCGUGGACCAAGACCCAGCUGCACUGUUCAUCUCGGAUCAAGUUCGCAGCCCGCUUAGGACACGCCUUGAACUGUUACCAUAUUUGUACACGCUGUUCUACAGGAACAGUGUCCACGGUGAACCUGUCAUGAGACCGCUCUUCUAUGAGUUCCCUGAAGACCAGCGCACGCACAACAUCGACACCCAGUUCAUGUGGGGACCGGCUCUACUCAUCAACCCUAUACUCUAUCCUGACGUGACCGGCAUGGCUCCAUACAUUCCGCGGGAAGUAUGGUUCGACUAUUACACAGGGGAGCCCGUGCUAAGGUACCAAGGAACGAAAGGGGAAUGUGAUGCUAAGUCUGUUGACAUCUGCAUCCUCAUUCGUUGGGGGUACGUCAUUCCAAUACAGGAACCUGGUUUGACUACAGCUGAGAGCCGGAAGAAGGAGUUUCGAUUGAUCGUUGCACUUGCGCCCGGCAAUAAUGCGACAGGAGAACUUUUCUGGGAUGACGGAAUAUCAGCGGACACCAUAGGGACGGGCAACUACACGCUCUAUAGCUUUAAAGUGAUACAGAGUCGACUUGUUGCAGACCUCGUUAACCAUGGCUACGAAACCGGCUUGAAGUUGGUGGCCAUCAAGGUCUUGGGUGUGCUGGAGGAACCAGAAGCAGUUAAGAUAAACGAUGUUACUACCACAUAUACCUAUAACGGGGAAUCCAUGGUUUUGAACAUCGACACUCACGGCUUGAUCAUGGAUGAGAGCUUCACCGCGACCUGGUGACGAUGGCUGGAACUACAGCUCUAUAAGGGUAGUCCCGUGGGUCGGCGAGAUAUUGUUUUUUUUUCUUUUUCUUAUUAAAACCU